AUGCCUCCAUCAAGGGUUUCUACUCCAGUGUCAGUGCAAGUUACGCCAUACGACUAUCAUGAUGAAACAAAGGGGAAACUACAAAAGACAGACAAUUUUCUUCUUCGUCUAUCGAGACAGGGUCGAAAUAUACUUAUAUCCAUUGUGACAUUUAUAUUCCUAUGUUUAUUCAUAACGAGCAAUGUCUUAAAGUCUUCACACUACACGCCCGACUUGAAUGGACUAGAUAGUGUCUCGUUCUUUGACUUGGCAAAUUAUGCUGGCUCCCCAAAUGGAUGGCAAUACAAUGAACGAGUAUUGUUUUGCGUACCGUUGAGAGAUGCCGCUGCACAUUUGCCAAUGUUUUUCAACCAUAUGAAGAAAUUAACUUAUCCACAUAAUCUCAUAGACUUGGCAUUUUUGGUCAGUGAUUCGAAAGAUGACACUAUGGGAGAGUUGAUGAGACAUUUGAAUGAGAUUCAGCUGGAUCUCAACACUGAAAUGCAUUUCGGUGAAAUUGAAAUAUUUGAAAAGGAUUUUGGGCAAAUCAUAGGCCAAAGUUUUAGUGAUCGACAUGGGUUUGCCGCUCAAGGUCCUAGAAGAAAAUUGAUGGCAAGGGCAAGAAAUUGGUUGUGGUCAGUUGCAUUGAAACCAUAUCAUUCGUAUGUGUACUGGAGAGAUGCCGAUGUUGAGACUGUACCGCCUACUAUUUUGGAGGAUUUGAUGCAUCAUGAUAAAGAUGUAAUUGUGCCCAAUGUAUGGCGUCCAUUGCCGGAUUGGUUAGGAAAUCAACAGCCAUACGAUUUGAACUCAUGGCAGGAAAGUGAUGGUGGUUUACAAUUGGCUGAAACUUUAGAUGAAGAUGCUUGUAUAGUGGAAGGUUAUGUUGAAUAUCAAACUUGGAGACCUCAUUUGGCGUACUUGCGUGAUCCGUAUGGAGAUCCCGAAGUGGAAAUGGAUUUGGAUGGAAUUGGUGGAGUAUCCAUUUUGACUAAAGCCAAAGUUUUUCGUACUGGAUCUCAUUUCCCCGCUUUUUCUUUUGAAAAGCAUGCUGAGACUGAAGCAUUUGGUAAAUUAAGUAAACGAAUGGGAUAUUCAGUUGUUGGAUUACCACAUUAUGUUAUUUGGCACAUUUAUGAACCAAGUAGUGACGAUUUGAAGCAUAUGGAAUGGAUGGCAUUGGAGGAGGUACGACAACAAGAAGAAGCUAAAAUUAAAAAGGUAUACGACAAAGUAUGGGACAAAGCAUUCGAAGAUGUUCAGAACGAAUGGAGUAAAGAACGGGCUAAAUUUUUGAAGAAUACUGAUAUGUCAAAGUAUCGUAAGAUUCAAGUUGAUUGGUCAGGUUCUGAUGAUUUUGAUAUCGAUGCCAAGUUGAAGAGUGAUAAGAAGUUGGCUGACUUUAAUCCGUAA